GAUUUGGUGAGCAAAAGGCAGAAAUUAGCUCGGAAGAGAUACAAAGAGGAACACCCAGAACUGUUUCCAAAACCAGAGCCAAAAGACCCAAAUGAAAAGAAGAAGAAGAAGCAAAAGAAGAGCAAGUUCAAGCGGAAGUAGGCAGAAUGUAAAGAACCAAAAGACCCAAUAAACCCAUUAAGAAAGGGAUCAAAAGACACCCACUUAGAGUCGCUGGCCUGAAGCCUGAUGAGAGCUGUUUUAUAUGCAAAGCCAAGGACUAUAUCCCCAAGAAUUGCCCUCAGAAAGCUCAGUGGGAGAAGAACAAGUUUUGUUCUGUUUCAUGAUUUUCAGUUUUGUGCACAUGUUAUGUUUCGUGGGGUCUGUAUUUCUGGCGCCGUAAUAGUCAUGCAAAAGUCGGUUCUGCUUGGAACUCAGAAGUUAUUUUUUGUUAUUUCCGAAGAUGCUGAAUUUGACAAGAUAUGUUUGCUUUGCCGGCAACGAGGGCAUAGUCUCAAGAACUGCCCUAUCAAGAAUGAUGAGAAUAUGGAUAAGAAGUUGUGCUAUAGCUGCGGAGAAACUGGGAAUUCACUUGCCAAAUGUUCACAACCUCAUCAAGACAGUUCUUGGCCUUUUAGUUCAACUAAGAAUGCUUUAAUAGGAUUCUGUAAAUAUGACUACAGUUUUCUCUUGAAGAAAAUUGGUGUAAUUUGGUGCUGCAUUCGCUGUUGUUGGAAGUUCAUGUUAGAAUUUGUUGAAAAUAUACUGAAGAGGGAACUUCAAGAAGGCAGGGCCACGGGGCCCUUUGGACCCAUCCACCCCAGCAUCAGCCCAGGGCCACUCAGCUCUUUGGCCUUACGUGCAUUUUUCUUCUAUUUUCUAUGGGGUGGUGGUUGCAAAAUAUGUGGUAGUGUUACUCAUUUGGCUAAAGAUUGCCCUAAUAAAGGCAGCGAAGUUCCUCCUACUGCUGGCAAAGAAGGCAACACAUCAAUUGAAAAUGAGGAUAGGCCAAGACGACAGAUUACCAAAUUCACUAGUGGGGAUGAUCUUGAUGACGACUUCAGGGUAGAAGAUUCUGCAUCAAAAGUCCAAAAUACUUCUAAUUCAAAAGACAUGAAUGUAAAAUCAAAGAAGAAACAGGGCCCUAAAGUAGUCAAGUUUGUAGGAUAAGAAACUCUUUGGUGACUAAUUUCAAGAGUGCUUGUUGUAAUCCAUGUCAAGAAUAAUUCUAAAUCCCGGAAUUUCUGCUAUAGAAUUGAAUGUAUUCUCCCUUAAUGUUACUUCAACAGGAAUUCACUUUUUUAUGUAACCAGUCAUAAUGUAUUUUUACGAAAAGUGGUUCAUAGCUGGAUUAUGUUGAAUUGUAGUAAACUAUAAAACAUUUUUUAUUAG